CCCGUGACCAAGGGUGCAGACAUUACGACGCGCCCCAGACGUGAUCCACGACAUCCCCGCGACUACCUGGAUGCCGGCGCUGACAUCAUACAGACCAACACCUUCGGCGCAACCGCGCUGGUGCUGGGCGAGUACAGCCUCGCUCCCGAGGCGCGCCGGAUCAACCGCGAGGCCGCCGGUAUCGCCAGGCGAGCCGCGGACGAUGCAACGGCCGCUGACCCGGACAAGCCGCGUUUCGUGUACGGCGCGAUGGGUCCGACGACGCGGACCAUCUCGGUGACGGGUGGCCUGACCUUUGACGAGCUGGCGGCCGAUUACCACCAGCAGGCGGCUGGACUCAUCGAGGGCGGCGCCGACGUGCUGGUGCUCGAAACGGGCCAGGACACGAUCAACAUCAAGGCAGGGCUGGAAGGAAUAGAUCGCGCCCGGGCCGAGAUGAACGUUGACGUUCCGGCAGCCGUGCAGGGAACCGUCGAGCCCAUGGGCACGCUUCUGGCCGGCCAGGACGCCGAGGCGUUUUACACCUCUCUGGCCCACCGGAACCUGCUCUGGGUGGGCUUCAACUGCGCCACCGGGCCGGAGUUCAUGACGACCACAUCCGGACGUUGA